AGUACUUACAGACUGCUCAAGGAAUUUAAUGAUAGCAACGGUAGCGUAUUGCCUGGUUUUGCUCCGAAAGCCAAGAACAGAGGUACGGAACAAAAGCUUUUCGGUCAGCAUACCGUGUUUAUGAUUGAUUACCUUGACAGCCACAAGUCUACAACACCUGGAUUGGCAAAAGAAGCUCUUCUG